UUUUUUUUUUUUUUUUUUUUUUUACCAUUUGUCCAUAUUUAUGUGUUUGGUUUGGUUUUCUUGUUAUAGAAUCAAGAUUUGUCUAAAAACAGUUAUUUGUAGUUGGAAGAGUUGAAAGUGGUGGUGGAGGUUUCUUCCAUGUGCUAUACUUGUUGCAGUUUUUGUGGAUUGGCUUGAAAUUGACUAGCAAUAAGUUGUCUGAAGAAGAUUGGAAGAACCAAAAAGCUUGAUCUCUGUGGUGAAUUUGAAGUGGAGUUUCAUUUUUUUGGAGGAUAUUUUCUGAAAUAAGAAUCGGAACGAUACAAUUGCUGGUGGAUUUUGGUCUCGCUGUAUAACCAUACUUAAACAGUGGAAGGUGAAAGAAGAAAGUUCUUUUUAUCUGCUUUCUAAUGUUUAAUCACCUUAGAGGUGGAAUAUGGAAAACAGAAACAUGGACAAGGAUGGCCCUAACAAGGAAGAACAGGCAGAGGAGAAUAGUUGUUUGUCGACAGGAUCAAUAAAAGAGUUAGAACCACAGCACUUACUUAGACUAGGAAACCCACAUUUUACUGGAAAUUGCACUCAGAAAUUGUUCUUUCAUAGUUCUCUUGGCUUACAAAAUAAGCUUCCGAAGCAUAUAAUAACUUUCGACGAAAGAUAUUUCCUUCGCUGCCUUGAAUUGAUACACAUCCAUUCCACAUGCAAUUUCUCUUCAAACAUGCAAAUCUUAUCAAAGAGUUCAGGUUCUACAGAGGUUAGAAACGAAAAUAUCUGCACAAAUAAUGGCAAUCUGGCGAUUGAAUGUCCUCAAGCUGUGGGGACCGAGAGUUAUGUCCCCGACUCUUCUGAGGAGUGGAUUCUUGGUGCAAUAACUGGUAGUAAGAGUAUGCUGAACAUUUUAAAAAGUCCUUUACUUAAUCAGUUGGAAUCUGUCAACAAGGAAAAUAUACAUGAUAGUGAAGAAGCCACAGUUUUUUCUGAUUUCAUGAGCUCUCCUGGUGGUCCAGAAUAUCAGGUAUAUGGAUCUGAGCACGUACACAGAAGGGUUCUUUCUGUAUCUAGUACUACAACUUCGACAUGCUCGGACCAAUCUUGUCUUUCAGCAGCUGCCCCUAUUUCUCAAGGAAUGCUCCAGAGGAGAUGGAAAAACGGUUUACCACAUUACAUCUUUUCCGUAGAUGGUAAAAAGGAUGUGUAUACAGCUGAUUUGCUGAAGAUUGACUCGCCUGAUGAUAAGUUUCUGGAUUAUGUUUACACAUUUCAUUCAAGACCAGAAGGCAAAAAGGAACGUGCCUUAAGGGAAUCACAUCUUGUAGGUAAAAUGACGGUGUCAACUUCAGUUACACUUAGCUCAACCAAGUUGGAGAUUAUGGAGACCCGAUUUGUUGUGUUUGGUUCCAUGGAUCAAUAUAUGAAUGAGAUACAAGCAAGUCAUAUCCUGAGGAAGAACAACAAAAGACUGGCAAAGAAAGUAACAGAUGUGUUCAGAACUAGUCAGUCUUAUAAGCAGAGAAGCUUAUCCCAGUUUGGCGGAACAAGUGCCAUUCUUGAAGAUGCUUCUUGGACGCCAUCGAUAGAUAUGUAUGAUGAUUACCAUUCAUGCGGCAAUGCUCUUCUAGAUCAACAAAUCCCGCCAAAUUUUGAGUUGGCUGCCAUUGUUAUGAGAGAUCCUAUUUUUGACAACUCUAAGGAGACAGAGACGGGUGGCUGGGGUAUGAAGUUUCUCAAGAAAUCCCCAACUGAAACUAAAAAUGCACCUCCUGGUUCACGUGGUAACAGUGAAUGCUCAACCAGCAUGGAUGUUAUAGUUCCAACUGGUUUUCAUGGUGGGCCUAGAAGCAUACAUGCUGGGCCGUCAAGCCUGUUGGAGCGGUGGAGCUCCGGUGGGCACUGUGAUUGUGGAGGCUGGGAUGUCGGGUGCCCCCUCACAGUUCUUAAAACUGGAAAUGAAGCUUCAUCACAAACUACAUCCGGAGAAUGCCAAACUUUUGAUCUCUAUAUACAGGGUUCAAAACAAUGUGCACCAGUCAUGAAAAUGUCAAAUAUUCAUGAUGGUUUGUAUUACAUCCAUUUUCAUUCGACUCUAUCAGCUUUGCAGUCCUUUGCCAUAGCUGCUGCUUUCAUUCAUAGACAUAGUCCUUUUCUACGACCGAAACUGUACAGGAAGUGAAGUAAGAGGACUUAAGUAUGAUAUCUGUUGUUAUAGUUCUCUACUUUUAGAAAAGAAGUCAGACAAAUUGACCGUUAGAAAUGGUUCAAAGAUAUAGCAUCUGAUUUUGUCUCAUGUUCAUUAAUUUAUCUUAGCUGGCAGAAUAUUAGAUAGGAAAUUUGUUAGCUCACGUUAUCAUUUUGUUAGUGUAAUGAAUGAUAUGCGUUAGAAGCAGUGGUCACUGUACAAAUCAUGUAUUGGAUGGGGGAAUCCAUUUGUACCGUAAAAGUUGUUUAAGUUACUGAAACACACUGAUUUUCGAGUGGUUUGUUCCUUUGA